CCUCUAAUGUUGCCUUCAGUGCAUUCAGUGCGUCCAUAAGGAGGUGGUUUAUUUUUAUAAGUCUAUGAUAUAAACAUACACACAUACAUAAAGAUCCGCAAAAUUUGGACCAGUUACGUUGGACGAAUUACUCAACCGUUGUGCAACUGUGUGUUUGCUGAACGUACCCAUUGAGAGAGACAGAGAGAGAGAGAGAGCAUACUGAGAGAUUGGCGUUCAAGAAAAGUUCGGGGAUUUAAUAGACAUUUAUAACAACAACGGCAAUUUACGUUUGCAGAUUAUGUUGGAUGAAGCAUGAAGCUCUUCAAGCUAAUAGUACAUCAGAAAAAUUUUAGUGGAGAGGACUUAAUAAUCAAUCCAAAGGACUAUCCUGGCAUAAAAACUGGGGAUGUUGUUGAAAUCUAUCAUCCUGAGGAUGAGUUUAGUCGCUUGCUAUUACAAGUCACCUCCUUUAAGGAAGAUCUCCAAGGACGUGAAACCAUCAGCGUAGAAAAUAAUGUAGCGACAAUGUUCCAGUUGAGAACAUUUGCAGAUGUAUAUAUGAAUAUAGUGAAUCCAGAAGAUGUAGCUCUAGAUUCUAUAGAGUUAACUUUCAAGGAUCAAUACAUGGGACGUAGUGAGAUGUGGCGUUUAAAAAACAGCUUGGUAAAUACUUGUGUUUAUAUCAAUAAGAAGAUAGAGUUUUGCGGUGGUAGCAUACGUUGCCAAGUAUAUGAAAUGUGGUCACAAGGUGACCGUGUAGCUUGCGGCGUUAUAACUGACGAUACUAAGGUGGUAUUUCGAUCCUCUACAAGCAUGGUGUAUCUUUUUAUUCAAAUGAGCUCUGAAAUGUGGGAUUUUGACAUACAUGGAGAUUUGUACUUUGAGAAAGCAGUCAAUGGAUUCUUAGCGGAUUUAUUUCAAAAGUGGAAGAAGAACGGCAGUAAUCACGAAGUGACAAUCGUAUUUUUCUCAAGAACAUUCUAUAAUGCUACCAGCCUGGAGGAAUUUCCAAAUCAUAUGAGAGAGUGUUUACAACAUGAUUAUAGAGGGAGAUUUUAUGAAGAUUUUUACAGAGUUGCGGUGCAAAAUGAGAGGUUUGAGGAUUGGAGCAAUGUUCUGGUGCAGUUACGUAAAUUAUUCACCGACUAUCAGAAGAUCGUGUUGGAAUAUCACCAGAAGUCAGGUAUUACUAUGCCCAAGGCAAUAAAUUCCACUGCUGCACAGGGCAAUUUCUUGGAAGUAUUGAACAUGUCUCUGAAUGUGUUUGAGAAACAUUAUCUGGAUCGCAGUUUUGAUAGAACUGGUCAGUUAUCCGUAGUAAUCACACCUGGCGUCGGAGUAUUUGAAGUUGACAGGGAAUUGACAAAUGUGACAAAACAGAGAAUCAUUGACAACGGUGUAGGCAGCGAUUUAGUCUGCGUCGGAGAGCAACCGCUUCAUGCGGUCCCUUUGUUAAAGUUUCAUAACAAAGACUCGUCUAUAAACGCCCCGGACGACUAUAGCAUGCCUCACUGGAUAAAUCUCAGUUUUUACUCCACAAAUAAAAAGAUUCCCUAUUCUACUUUUAUACCGCGAAUAAAGCUGCCGCAAAGAGUGGCGAAACAUUCGAUGGAUAAUGGGAAGUUACAUUGCAAAAGCAAGCUACUACAAGAGGAUCCAAGAGAGUGCCUGCACAACACCUUAUUCGAUUAUGACGCUUAUGACGCGCAAGUGUUUCAAUUGCCAACAGUUCAUACUUCAAGCGUACAACGAAUAAGUACGAGAACAAAGAAAACAAGUGUGGCAUGCCUCGAGACUCACAACAAUGGCCACUUGUUGAAACUGUUGAAACGUAAAAUGUCUGAUCCUGAUAUACAUCAUCCACCGCCUGAGACACACUCACCGCCAAUUGUUGCAUUACGGAGUGCAGCGAUUACGAUACCGCAUAAAACGGACGACGAUAAUAAUGAGUCUAACGGCGAUGGAACCGGUACAUCUAGGACACCGGUUAAGAGCGAUUUAACAGAUUCAGAGAUAUCUCCGCCGUUUAGACCUAUUGUCGGUAGCGCUGGUAGCCCAACAAACUCAAUCUCUCAACCAACUAAUAUACUUAGGCCUAGUAGAGCACUGAUCAAUCCUUUUGAUCCAUCGCACGUUACCAUAAAACUUACCAGCAACAGACGGAGAUGGACUCACAUAUUCCCAAAGGGGCCAACAGGCGUAUUGAUACAACAACAUCAUUAUCAAGCUGUCCCAACACAGACAUGCUCAGAAACACAAAACGAGGCUACCCCGUCUACCAUAAGUGGGUCUCCGAUGGAAAUAGGGAUAAGCAAUACGAAUCAAAUUUCAAGAUCAGCGUCUCAAAUAGGACUUCAAGAACACGCAAAAAACAAAUCGCUACGAUCCAACUCCUCAAUAACUAACGGGGAUAAAGCUGCAAAUACUUCUUCAGCUAUAGCAAACAAAAGUUUGACUCUGUUGUGGGGUGCUACUGGUGAACAAGAGUGGACACCCGCUUUAACAACAGCAAUCAUAGGUGUCGACUGGAAAUCGCUAACGAUUCCCGCGUGCUUACCAAUCACUACAGAUUACUUCCCGGAUAAGCGAAGUUUGCAAAACGACUACGUCGUGUCGGAUUACAAUCUUCUACCGGAUGACGUUAACGCCGAUUUUGCACAACAGCGAGCGAUAUAUAAGAAACCGCUCACAACCACGGAAGUCUUCAAGGAGCUGGUCUCGCAACGCUUGGCUCAGGGUUUUCAACUGAUCAUCUUGCCACCGGUCAAUAAGAAUCAAAGUAACGGGACUGGCGGCAAUGCCACUCCUGCCCUUAGUACGGUAAUGCGCGGUAGACAGACCGAGUCCGAACCCAAGGAAGAAUAUUUGCUUAGCAUUGGGAGAAUCUUUCACAAGAUAUCACUAUUUAAUAAUUCCAUCACAGUCACGAGAUAUCGGCCACGACAUCCUUAUCCACCUUUCAAUAUACACUAUCGAUAUCGCUUCCACGCUCCUCAUCACGAUACGUACGAAGUGUCGUGGGUGUCCUUUACUACAGAAAAACUCGAGAAUUAUAAUUGGAAUUACCUGGACCAUUAUAUAUGCACACGAGGCCAUACCGAUUUCGCUUUAGUGGAGGCUCUGAAAUAUUGGCGAUUCCGGGUAUUCCUACUGCCACUGCAUAAUUCGGCGACUCGCAAAAUUUUGGAAGGUUCUCCAAGGUGCGAUAUGUAUAUUCCACCUAGUAACGCCGAGCAAGCGUCACUGAUGGAUGGCUUCUUACGUUUCAUCGAAGGAUGGCUAAAUAAAAUACGACGACCAAACCCCAAUAAAAACUGGAGCCCCACAGCUCUAGGUGGUGUUCCCCCAAGAGAUCCUGCCUCUCAUUUGACAAGACGCAGGCACAGCACGAGCCUGAUAUUCCUCACUAACCAGACCAGUCUAGUCGGCAGCUCUCCUUUCAGGGAGCGACUCGGAAGCAACCGACUGCCAGAGAAACCGAGACCAAGGUCAGGCUCGAAAGUAAUGGACAGAGGACGUAUAUCGCCUGCCAGUGAAGCUGUUUUGCCGCUGUCGAUCGAGCAACAACAGCAGCAGCAACAGGAUCAUUUCGAUGCUAAUGAUGACAGUGCGAACAUGGAACUGACAAAGAUAAAAAGCAAUGCAACAAACGUGGAAAUUCUGGAGGCUAUGAAGCACCCUCAAACUGGCGUCGGUUUCCUAACGCAACAUCCUUCGCUUCCCAGUCAGACGUUCGUUAGCGCGGACGCUAUUCAGUGGCUGAACAAUCAUAUAGAGGGUGGCGUGGGAGUUGAGCAGGGUAUAAAUAUUAUGAAGGGGAUGAUUCAGGAUAAACUGAUAUGUCAUGCGUCCGGUGACUUCUCAAAGCCAUUUGUUCUGGGAUUUUAUCUGUAUCAUAUUGUGCACGAUAAAGAGAAUCAAAAAGCCGCAGACUACUCCGCUCCGCUCGGUGAUUUGGAGAGCUUCGAAAACGAGUGGGUAGAAGUGGAGAUGAGACCACCGAAAGGAUGGUGCGAACCAGCAUCACCGACAACACUGCCGACGAUGUCAUCCCCCAUCACCAUAUCCAGUUGCGACGCCAUCGACGAAUCCAACGUUCCGCCUUUUCUAAGAGACAAUAUCGACUUGACAGAAUCGAUGGACGAUAAAAGUUGGACGGUGCCGUUGUAUAAACACACUCAUCUGGAUAUCGACAUCAAUAAUAAAAGCGACAGAAUCGAAUGGGGUCACUUGAGGUACCAGUCUAUCUACAAGGUGGAUCAUUCCUACGAACUCGUAGUACAGUGGGUAGCAUCAUCCGGUAGUAUAGCAGCCGACCUGAUAUUCGUUUGGCAACGCAAGGCACAAAUAUGCGGGAUACAGAUGGUUCCCGUUCCUAGCGAUCUAUUAGCACUGCCAUUUACCCUGAAGAGCGAUCCCCUCAGAGGACCGAUUUUUAUACCGCUCGACACGGAAUGUUUAAUGGCAAAUAAACGUUAUCUCUUCGAAGAAUUCCGGGAGGACACAUACGCGCAGAGACUGUUUCUCUUCCAAGAAACGAUCCUGCAAAGAUUCGGCUUCGUACCGUGUUUGGUUGAAAACACCGAGAACGAUCAUCAGUACGUUCACAUCACCGGCAACGCAUUUAUACUUGUACCAUCCACGACGAAUAUCCGACCGCGUCCACGAACCGGCACCAAUGUCGUUCGACGAAACACGGGACAAAAAAGGUAUCCGGUUCACCCGGACCAGCCUAGUCCGCACGAGGCGUAUAUUACGAGACAUGUUAGUGGCAAGAGCAAGGAUGAUUACAGCAUGGACAGGAGGAUGGGAUUUUUGUGGUCCUGGAAUCACAUGGUCAGUCGUAAGUGGAAAUCACUGUCUACAUCAGCGGGAGACGAGUUGUUUCAAAAGAAAAUCAUACAGGACUUUCGACAUUUCUGCUCCAACGGAGACAACAGGCUCAAACAGUUUUGGGAAUCUUGCUGGGAACUGAAGGAGAAGACUUGUACAAAAGCAAAGUAGCUAGAUACUCUUUCGCUCUUAGCUUUAAACGACAAGAAUUAAUGUUCGACAAGUUGUCGUUUUCGACGGUUCAAGCUCUAUCUUUGUCGAAAAUACACUUGCAUACCAGUGUUCGUGACAAGAUGUAAUUAGUACCGUGCUUACAAGCUGAAUGACUAAGAUAUGUAUAAAUUGUAUUAUAUCAUUCGCAAAUGUGACUGAAUUUGUUACAGUUGAUUCAAAUUUAUCACUCUUGUAAGAUUUGUAACACGUUAAAACUACUCUUUUCGUUA